AUGAAGAUGUUGAUUGUGUUGUUGAUGAAUGUGCUGGUGUUCAGUGCCUCUGUUGUGUCCGCAGAGCAGAGUCAUGUGUCGGCAGUAGGAGACCCAGGAAUGCAGAGAGAUGGUCUGAGGGUGGCCUUUGAAGCUUGGAACUUCUGCAAUGAAGUUGGUCAAGAAGCUCCCCGCAUGGGUAGCCCUAGAGCUGCUGACUGUUUUGAUCUUUCAGGUUCUCUGACGCACAAGGUCACAGAAUCUGACAACAGACUGGGGGUGGGGAGCUCAUUUCCUGGCCUAAAACCAGAAUAUAUCAAUAAUACAGACCUUUAUGCAAUUGAAAAGGAAUUGUAUCUGGGUUCCAUGUGUGAAGUAGCAGACACGCCAAGGUCAUGGCAAUUUUGGAUGGUAAUGCUGAAAAAUGGAAACUAUGACACCAGGUCUGGGUUAUGUCCUAAGGACGGCAAAAAGGUACCCCCUUUUAGUCCGGGACGGUUUCCUUGUUUUGGACAAGGUUGCAUGAACCAACCCAUCUUGUGUCAUCAGCAGACACGGCUCAAAGAUGGAUUAAUGCAAGGGGGAUUCAAUGGUACUUAUGAUUUGGAUUCUGAUUGUGGAGUUGAACACGAUGGUGUAUCUUACUAUGAGGUAGUUUGGGAGAAGAAAGUUAAUGUUGGGAGUUGGGUGUUCAAACACAGGCUAAGGACUUCAAAGAAAUACCCUUGGUUGAUGUUAUACCUUAGAGCUGAUGCAACCAAAGGAUUCUCUGGAGGUUACCACUAUGACACAAGGGGAAUGCUAAAAACCCUUCCAGAGUCACCAAAUUUCAAGGUGAGGUUGAGCUUGGAUAUCAAGAAGGGUGGAGGGGCCAAGAGCCAAUUCUACCUUUUAGACAUUGGAAGCUGUUGGAAGAACAAUGGUGCUCCAUGUGAUGGAGAUGUACUCACUGAUGUCACUAGAUAUAGUGAGAUGAUCAUCAACCCUGAAACCCCAGCUUGGUGCAGCCCCACAGGGUUGGUUAACUGUCCACCAUUUCAUAUAACUCCAGACAACAAAAAAAUCUAUAGGAAUGACACAACCAAUUUCCCCUAUUCAGCGUAUCACUUCUAUUGUGCUCCUGGGAAUGCUCAACAGUUGGAGCAGCCAGUGAGCACUUGUGAUCCUUACAGCAACCCUCAGGCACAAGAGAUAGUUCAGUUGCUGCCUCACCCUAUAUGGGGUGAUUAUGGCUAUCCCACCAAAAAAGGUGAUGGUUGGGUGGGAGAUUCAAGGACUUGGGAACUUGAUGUUGGAGGGUUAUCAAGUAGACUCUACUUUUAUCAGGACCCAGGCACUCCUCCUGCCAAAAGAAUAUGGACGUCUAUUGAUUCUGGUACUGAGAUAUUCGUUAGCGACAAAGAUGAAGUAGCAGAGUGGACUCUUAGUGAAUUUGACGUCAUUCUAACACAAUCAGGGACCAACUUGAUAGAUAAGGCUGAGAGAAAGUAG